GAAAAUAUGGCGUUCAGGGAUCGCUUUUGUUCCUCUGGCUCUGAAGUCAAUUUGAUAAGUGAAAACGAGCCAGAUGACAAUUUUGAAGACGACCCAGACCCGUGUCCAGAAGAAGAAGAAGAAAUAGACCUUGGUAUUCACUCUCCAUCGGACGAUAAAUGGUUUCAUGGAAAGCUUGACAGAGCAGAUGCUGAAAAGAGACUCACAAACAUUGGACAAGUUGGCUCAUACCUUGUUCGUGAAAGUGAUCGACGACCAGGGACAUAUUCUCUUUCUUACCUUGGUCGAAAUGGCAUCAGUCACUUCCGUGUAACAGGCGUGUGUGGAGACUAUUAUAUUGGAGGACGACAGUUCUGUUCUCUGAAUGAUCUGAUUGGUUACUACACAGCUUGGUCUUGUUUGCUAAAGGAUGAACACCUAAAGUUUCCUGUCCCACCUCCAGAACCAGUUCUUGUCAAAAAAAGAGUGAUAGCCAAGUAUACUUACAGCAAAGUACCAGAUACUGAUGAACUUAGUUUUUUCCAGGGAGAUGUAUUUGUAGUAGAUGAUGUUAUUGACAUGGACUGGCUCUGGGUGACGGCUCAGAAAAACAGGGAAACAGGUUUGGUGCCUGCUGCGCUUGUGGAGGAUGCGAAAAAAGAUCUUGAUCCUUGUGCAGGAAAGCCGUGGUUCUUUGCAAACAUUUCAAGAGAUGAAGCACAGGAGAUUCUUCACAGAGAUGGUGUUAUUGGGAGUUUCCUCAUAAGGCCAAGUGAUAAAUCUCCAGGAGAUUAUUCCCUCUCUCUCAGAGGACCAGAUGGUAUCACUCGCUUCCUGAUCAGAAAGCAAGGGAUGCAGUAUUCCAUGGGAGGGAGAAAUUUUGACAGUGUGGAUGCUGUGGUAGCAAGGUACAAGCACGAGCACAUUGUGGAGAAUCUUUCGUUAAAGGAACCUGUAUCCAGGGCCCAGGAAUGGGAUCUUCCACAUAGACCCAUGACACCGAGUAGAAAUGGCUCGUCAUUUGUACUUAGAUCGGAAACACCAGGACCAGUCAUUUUAAAUCGAACUCAGCCUGCUUUCAAGAGAGGAUUUUUAGUAAAGAAAGGGCAUCGCAACAAAUGGAAGCGAAUGUUCUUCGUUCUUGAUGGAGAUGAACAACAUUUGUAUUUCUUUGAAAAUGAAAAGAGAACUAAACCCAAAGGCAUGAUGGAUCUUAGCUUUUCUAUGGUUUACGAGGUUCAUCAAAGCUUUUUCGGCAGGCCGAAUUGUUUUCAAGUGGUGGUGCGAGCGUUUAAUGAGUUACGAAUGUUCUACCUUUGCGCCGACACACAGGAUCUGGCAAACGAUUGGAUGGAGGCGAUUAAGAAGUUUUGUGGGAAACCAAUGAUCACCAACCUAGGCGAGAGGGAUGUGAAGCAGCUACGAAGCUUGGAAGUUACUAUAGUAGAGGCCCAUAAAUUGAAUUCCAACAAAGUUUCUCACCCUUACUGCAUGAUUUCCUUGAACGAAGUCAAAACUUGCCGUACGAAGACACAGGAGGGACAUUCGCCCAUAUGGAACGAAGAAUUUAAGUUCAAUGACUUGCCCUCCGAUGUGUCUUAUUACUCAGUUGAUCUCUACAAUCGCAACAAACGCUCCAGAGAUGGUCAAGUAGGAAGUGCAAUGGUCCCACUUAACCGUUUACCCAAAGGAAAUGUACUGGAUGAGUGGUACCCACUUCUUUCGCCUUCUCACUCCAAAAUGGAGGUCGGCAGCAUUCGCGUCCGGAGUAAAUUCACGCAUGAGAUUAUUAUGCCGGUUGAAGAGUAUAAUUCACUCAAAGAGAUCAUUCUGGACAAGGAUUUACAAGCUGUGAAGAGCCUCGGUCAGGUGUGCAAGGACCGAGUGAGCCUGGCCUCCACUCUGCUUAAAAUAUUCCGUCAUGAAAGGGAAGAAAUCUUCCUACUAAAAACGAUGAACUCAUUAGAAAUAGAAAAUCAAGAGGAAGUAUCAACGUUGUUUCGCGGAACUUCGUUAACCACGACACUCAUGGACCAGUACAUGAAAAUGGUCGCUAUUCCCUAUCUACAGAAAACAAUCGGUGAUGUCGUAGCAAAAAUUGUGGAGUGUAAACAGUCUUGCGAGUUAAAUCCAGCUAAACUUGAGAAAGGCGCAGACACUGUAGUAAAUCUUAAACAACUUCUGGAGUUUUUAUUUGAAGGGGUUGAUGCGAUUGUCAGGUCACCUGACGACUGUCCAAGAACUUUGCGUUAUCUGUUUUGCUGUCUGCAGCAAAAUGUCAAAGAUAGAUGGUCCGACAAUGAAAUAGUUAGAAGCCGUGUUGUUAGUGGUUUUCUCUUCUUGCGGUUAAUUUGUCCCGCCAUAAUGAACCCAAGAAUAUGCAACAUGAUGUCAGAAUCUCCGUCAUUGUGUGCUGCUCGGACUCUGACACUUGUAGCGAAGUGUCUUCAAAACUUAGCAAACUUGGUUGAAUUUGGCGUCAAGGAAUCAUUCAUGACCCCAGUAAAUCCUUUCAUUUUGAGAAACAAGGAAAAAAUGAUAAAUUUUUUGGACGAGUUGGCGAACGUGACGCAAACUCCUCCGAUCACGGAGCAAGUGUCUUCAGAUCCAUCGCGUGAUCUUGCCGCUCUUUACGAUAUAUGUUGGACAUACAUGUCAGAGCUACAACAGCUGAGCCAAACACAGCCGGGGCUCAAAAAGCUUGUAGCUGUUACGGAAACAUUGCGACAACGAGAAGAACAAUUUCUGCAGGAAAACUUAAGCUUAACAAACAGAACGGAAAAAUUGGUGUGAAUUACCACAAUCAGUGACAAGAUGAAGUCAACGGCAGACUACGUGACUUACAUUGAGUGCAUCUCAUGUGUUGUUGGUUAAUACAGGAGUGACACGUGAGAAAUAUUUUCAAGGAAAAAAACUAAUGCUGUCAUUUGGCCCCCCCUCCCCCUAUUGCCAGCUAACCCUGCACCUGCCUUUAUUCUAUUUUUUUUUUAGAAUACCAAAUUUAUUUUUGAUAUUUAUUAAUAUAUUCUAAAUUACGACCUAUCGUUGAUCGUAUUUUGUAUCAAUGUAAGUGAAAUGUGUUUGAUUUGUUUGUAAGAGCGUCAGUAGUAAUCUCCUAUUCAGGUCUUGCGUCAGAUUAUGACAGAGAUAUGUUUUUCCGGGGGAAGAUGAAGUGGUCUCCUUGAAGGAAGUGUUCUAACUGCUUUAGGUAGCUACUUCACUGUUUGUCCAUGUUGAGAAAUUUUCCCUCAAUUUUUCUCAAUGUUCGUCUCGUACAAUCUUUUAUAAGAGUCAGUAUCCUCAGCAAAUUCUCAUUCCUUUGGUUCUUUUCUAACCUCUUUGGUGUUUGCCUGUCUUAGGGAAGAAUUCUUCCGAGGUUGUAAUCUAUUUAACCCUGUAACUCCCCGGAUCCAAUCGGUUACCCUCCCAACUGAUAGUCAUACAUAUCCUUGUAUAUUAGACAGGAGAAUUUGAUGUUACAUCUCGGCUGAAGCAAACAGCAAGGUCGUGAGAAUAACGUAACUGACCGCCAAUUAAUGAGACUCUUGAGUGGUAAUCAAAUUCUUCUCGUCAGUAUCAUAGGAAAAAUGUGGAAAACAGUGUAGGAAUAUACGUAUUGAUGAUAAGGUGAGACGACCCAAAAUACCGAAAAUGUAUUAAGCAUGUGCCCAGUGGUGGGCGAUUUUUUUUUUCUUUCCUCCAGAAAACUGCCAACUGUCACUUGCGCGCAGUCGUGCUCGUCUCAAAUGAUUUUUUUAGUUUGGAACAGAGCUGAAAAAGAUUUUGCUUCAUGCAUAAUUCAGUUAGGGUUAAAUUAGUGGAUUGAUUCUGACGUUGCUUUCGUAAACUUCCUUACUGGGCAGUGUCGACUUUAUCAUUUUCAAUCUUUUUUUUUUUCUUAUUUUCAUCAUGUUACUGUACGGUUUUUCUUUAAUUUUUUUAAUUAUGUUUCCUGAGAUCCUGAUUUAACAUCUCUACUGUGCACCUAGGAAUAUGGUUUUCACAUAGAAUCUACCACUAGGCUGAUUAGCAGAUGUUCUUUUAGAACUGACGUACUAAUUCGAAUGACAACCAGCUUAUCUCUGUAAAAUGAAAUAGUAGUUAAAGAUCGAAUUUUUUAAGUCUUGAAUAGUUUUCCUUUUUUGAAUCCUGAAUGAACCAGAGCAUACUUGUAUAUAAAAGAGAAAAUUAUGACGUAGAAUUAUUAGAAUUUAAAGGACGGAAGACGUGAUUGAUGGCAUGCAAGGGCCAGGAAGCCUGUCAUUGGUGACGACGAAAGUUACAGUGCAAUUUUCAUAUCAUGUCAGCAAAAUGAAUUGCGAUUUUACGACGUGACUGCAAGAGGAAAUUGUGGAUAUGUUGCAGAGAAUAGGAUAAUUGUGGAAAUAUCCCGUAAUCACAUGCAAAAUGACUCACAUUGCGGCCAAACUAAAGUUCGACUUAUCAAUAAUUCCCCUAGCCUCAUAGUCUGGUUUUUUUUUUUCCUUAUGUAACUGAUCGAUUGAAUUCGAGCCCAUAUAUGCCUUCCCUUAGCUUUCGUUUUUCUCUGUUGCUAUCUUUCUGUAUGUUAUAACUUAAAUUCAGUCAUCAGUUUCUUGAGUUUUAUUGCAUCUGAUUAUAUCUUGCAGUUCGAACUUUCCACCUUACUUAAUAUAAUGCAACAAUGGCCAAUGAUCACCAAAUCAAAAAGUUGUUAAAGAGUAUUUUGUAAUAAAUAAAAGGUUUUUAU